AUGGGGAUAUGGAGAACAAGACAUAACUUGCAUAUGUGGACAAGAGCAGACUACGUCACACCUACUUGUCUGUCCAAGAGGGCCAAGCCCAUGUACACAAGAGGACCUUAUGAUAAGCAACAAGAAGGCGGCACUGAUCCUGUAACUUGGCCAACUUUUUUAAGCGAUAAGUUAAAAACAACAAUCGUUGAAAAAGGUCCUCCUUCACCCAUCGCCAAAACUUUUGUAUUUCCUUUAGAUGACAAUAAUCGUAGAUUUACAGUUUUUAAUUAUCAACGUUGUCUGAGUAAUGGAGAAAAUAUUCUAAGAACAUGGCUUGUCUAUUCCUUGUCCAAGAAUGUUAUUUUUUGCUAUUUCUGUAAACUGUUUUCAACUUCAAAAACUAAACUAGGAACAGAUGAAUAUAACGACUGGCGACACGUUUCUAUUAUUUUAAAAGAACACGAGACAUCAAAUUCCCAUCUUAGAGCACAUCAAACUUGGAUAGAAUUUUCUUCAAGAUUAAAAGCUAAAAAAACGAUUGAUGACUCUAAUCAACGCAUAUUUGAAUCGGGAAAAAAAUACUGGAAUACGGUUUUACAGAGAAUCGUGUCAGUAAUACAGCUUUUAGGUCAACAAAAUUUAGCAUUUCGGGGUUCAUCAGAUCAACUUUACAAACAAAACAACGGCAAUUUUUUAAAAAUUAUAGAGUUUAUGGCGUUAUAUGAUCCUAUAAUGUCCGAACAUGUUAGACGAACAAUGAAUACUAAAAAUAAAACUCAUUAUUUGGGAAAAGACAUACAAAAUGAAAUCAUAAGCUUAAUAUCUGGUGCUAUUAAGACACGCAUACUUAAUAUGGUUAAGGAAGCGAAAUAUUACAGUAUAAUUUUGGACUGUACUCCUGAUUUAAGCCACGUUGAACAAAUGACCAUUAUUAUUCGUUUUGUAUUUGUUGAAUCGUCAAAAAAAGAGUCAAAUGUUACAAUUUGUGAACAUUCUCUCGGUUUUAUUCCAAUAGAAACGAGUACUGGAAUGGGCCUUUCUGAUAUUAUUACACAGCAGUUGAAGGACUUGAGAAUUCCAAUUGAAAAUAUGAGGGGCCAGGGAUAUGACAACGGAGCGAAUAUGAAAGGCAAACAUUCUGGUGUACAACGAAGAAUUCGCAAUAUUAAUCCUCGCGCUUUCUUCGUUCCUUGUAGUGCACAUUCUUUAAAUCUUAUUGUAAAUGAUGCAGUUAAGUCAUCAAAAGAGGCGAUUGAGUUUUUCGAUAUUAUUCAAAAAGUUUACGUUUUUAUUUUCGGCAUCUUCACACCGUUGGCAAAGGCCCCCCCACAAGUUUACCCUACAAAUUUAUUUUGA